AUGUCUGAACAUAAAACAGCAAAGCUGCGAGGUAUACCUGUUGGAGAGGACAUUUCAGCUCUCGACAAAGUACGGGCGUUGACGUGGGCAAAUUCGGGAGACGCAGGCGAAUCGGGUUGGGGCUCCGCGAUGCUCUCAGAGGAUGUUGAAUUGAUUUCAGCAUCGGCAACACCUGUAGGCAGCAGUAUCUGUAGAUUUACCGUGAAACCCAAGCACUGCAAUCGUCUCAACAAUCUUCAUGGUGGUUGUACGGCCACGCUCUUCGACUGGCUUACGACUUCUGCCUUGGCCCCGAUUGCAAAACCUGGGUAUUGGCAAUAUGCGGGGGUCUCGAGGACGUUGAAUGUUACGUAUAUCAAGCCUGUGCCGGUUGGAGAGACUGUGCUGGUUGAGUGCUCUAUCGUGCAUGCAGGACGGAGACUUUGCACCAUCAAUGGGAUCAUGAAGAGGGAGAGUACUGGUGAGGUUUUGGCAAUAUGCGAGCACGGUAAGGUCAGUAUUGACCCCGAAGUUCCUAAGAUAUAG